AUGACUCAGCCUGCGACCAGAGCAGACAACAAUGAGAAGAGGGCGGAUGCAAUAGCGCAAAGGCGUCUGUUGCCCUUGAGGCGGGCGCGACAGAAGGAUGGCGGGGCAGAGCAGCGGUGGCAGCAAUGCGCCGUGCGACUGAAAUAUGGCAGACGUGGAGUAGAACACUCGCACGAGCAGGGAAGCGGCGGACGGCGGGGUGCUUUGACGCCGGGGGAAGGUGCCAAGACAGUUGACCGAGUCAGCUGGCGAGGAAUGUGUCAGAGCGAAGCCCCUCGAGAUGUCGUCUCGAGGAAGGAGGGGUGA